AUGACUAAAAGCAAUGGAGAAGAGGCCAGGAUGGGAGGCAGGAUGGAGAGAUUCCAGCAAGGGGUCCGUAAACGCACACUCUUGGCCAAGAAGAAAGUGCAGAACAUCACAAAGGAAGAUGUUAAAAGUUACCUGUUUCGGAAUGCUUUUGUGCUGCUUACUGUCACCGCAGUCAUUGUGGGUACAAUCCUUGGAUUUACCCUCCGACCAUACAAAAUGAGCUACCGGGAAGUCAAGUACUUCUCCUUUCCCGGGGAACUUCUGAUGAGGAUGUUACAGAUGCUGGUGUUACCACUAAUCAUCUCCAGUCUUGUCACAGGAAUGGCGGCCCUAGAUAGUAAGGCGUCAGGGAAGAUGGGGAUGCGAGCUGUAGUCUAUUACAUGACUACGACCAUCAUUGCCGUGGUGAUUGGCAUAAUCGUUGUCAUCAUCAUCCAUCCUGGGAAGGGCACAAAGGAAAACAUGCACAGAGAAGGCAAAAUUGUACAAGUGACAGCUGCAGACGCCUUCCUGGACUUGAUCAGGAAUAUGUUCCCUCCAAAUCUGGUGGAAGCUUGCUUUAAACAGUUUAAAACCAACUAUGAGAAGAGAAGCUUUAAAGUGCCCAUCCAGUCCAAUGAAACACUUGUGGGUGCCGUGAUAAAUAAUGUGUCAGAGGCCAUGGAGACUCUGACGAGGAUCACAGAGGAGUUAGUCCCAGUGCCAGGGUCUGUGAAUGGGGUCAAUGCCCUGGGACUAGUUGUCUUCUCCAUGUGCUUCGGAUUUGUGAUUGGAAACAUGAAGGAGCAGGGCCAGGCCCUGAGAGAGUUCUUUGAUUCUCUUAACGAAGCCAUCAUGAGAUUGGUAGCGGUGAUAAUGUGGUACGCCCCUCUGGGCAUCCUCUUCCUGAUUGCAGGGAAAAUUGUUGAGAUGGAAGACAUGGGAGUCAUUGGUGGGCAGCUUGCCAUGUACACAGUGACAGUCAUCGUGGGCUUACUCAUCCAUGCCGUCAUUGUCCUGCCCCUCCUCUACUUCUUGGUAACGCGGAAAAACCCCUGGGUUUUCAUCGGCGGGUUGCUGCAAGCGCUCAUCACGGCUCUGGGAACCUCCUCCAGCUCUGCCACCCUACCCAUCACCUUCAAGUGCCUGGAAGAGAACAAUGGCGUGGACAAACGUGUCACCAGAUUCGUGCUCCCAGUAGGGGCCACCAUUAACAUGGAUGGGACCGCCCUCUAUGAGGCUUUGGCUGCCAUUUUCAUUGCUCAAGUUAACAACUUCGACCUGAACUUUGGACAGAUUAUUACAAUCAGUAUCACAGCCACGGCUGCCAGUAUCGGGGCAGCUGGGAUUCCUCAGGCGGGCCUGGUCACCAUGGUCAUCGUGCUGACAUCUGUGGGCCUGCCCACCGACGACAUCACGCUCAUCAUCGCAGUGGACUGGUUCCUGGACCGUCUUCGUACCACCACCAACGUGCUGGGAGACUCCCUGGGAGCUGGCAUUGUUGAACACUUGUCACGACAUGAACUGAAGAACCGGGAUGUCGAAAUGGGUAACUCAGUGAUUGAAGAGAAUGAAAUGAAGAAACCAUAUCAGCUGAUUGCCCAGGAAAGCGAAAUUGAGAAAUCCAUUGAUAGUGAGACCAAGAUGUAGACUAACACAAAGAAAUGCUUCCUUGAGCACCAGGUGUUUGAAAACCAUUAUACAAUGUUUCCAUCUCAUUUCAACUCAUUCUCUCCAGUCAGCCCCUUACCUCCCUUUUCCUCCCUGCCUGAUAGGAUUGGGAAAUAUUCAUCCAAAAACAAGGGGGGAUUUUGCAGUGGCCAAAAUGUAUAGUUUUCAUCCCAUGUUUGAAAUUUUUAAGUCAUUUCAUGUUAGUCUUA